AUGGCAAAGCCUGAUAACGAGACGGCUGUCCAAGAUGACAAGGGCGGAUACCGCCAAAUCAACAAGGCACUGAAUAUUUGCGUGUUCGAAGACUAUCUCGACAGCCAAAGGGAAAGGCUACCAGUUUUGGCUGAUGUUGAGCAACUUACACCGCGAGUACUCCGUGUGCUUGGCCAAAACCCUGGCAAGUUUACAUAUCAAGGUACAAACACAUACAUCGUUGGUACAGGGAAGCAGAGGUUGAUGAUUGACACUGGCGGCGGCGAACUGGCAUGGGCUGAGCUAAUUGAGUCUACGCUCAAGUCCAUGGACAUAAGCCUCUCUCAUGUCUUAUUGACUCACUGGCACGGCGACCAUACCGGGGGUGUGCCCGACCUUCUACGUCUCUACCCAUACCUCAAAGAUGAAAUUUACAAGAACGACCCCAACGGUACUCAACAAGAUAUUACGGACAACCAGAUCUUCGCUGUUGAAGGCGCAACAGUGCGCGCUAUACAUGUGCCAGGUCACUCGGAAGAUCACAUGUGUUUCAUUCUUGAAGAGGAGAUGGCGAUGUUCACCGGUGACAAUAUUCUUGGCCAUGGUACUAGCGUCGUGGAAGACUUAGGAACAUUCAUGGCUAGUAUGCACCGUAUGGCAGGGGAAGCCUGUAACAUCGGCUACUCAGCUCAUGGUGUUACCAUCACAGAUCUACCCGCCAAAAUAAGUACCGAACUGGAUAGUCGCUACAGACGUGAACGUCAAGUUUUAAAUGCACUGAAGAGGCUGCACUCCCAUGGCCAGAAGAGCGCAUCUGUCGGCGACGUUGUGAUGCAGAUUUACGGGACGGCAGUGACCAAGGAGACGCGCGAGCUGGCACUUGAACCGUUUAUCAAUGAAGUCUUGUGCAAACUUGCUGGAGAUCUAAAGAUUGCUUUCCAGAUUCGGGGAGGGACGAAAAAGUGGUAUUCUAUCGAGAGUGUAAAGUCACAUCCCCAGCUCCACACUCUCGGGACAUCUGGCCCUCGAUUAAUGGAUGUUUAUGCCGGGUAA